UUCGCCCAUGAACGAUGGAAGCGCGCUCCCGACACCUCAGGUGAAUGAGAGGGAAGCGGCGGAGCGGGACACGGCUCACUGUGCGGCGCAUUAAAAAAGGAGGAACAAUUAGAGGAAAAUGAGUUGUGCUACGUCCCUGGGAGCGAAUGUUUUAUGACAGCAUAUCUACUCUUCGUGGUGGGAUGCCUUGCUCAGAAAGUGUACUUUGACUGCGGUGCCAAGGUGGAUGUGGUGGACGUCCAAGGCCUGAUUCUGUCCCCUGGCUUCCCCUACAACUACUCGUCUGGGACGCACUGCGUGUGGCAGUUCGUCGUACCUGUGGACUACCAGCUGAUUCUGGAAAUAUUUGACUUUGACGUGUUUGAGAGCCAUGACGCUGCCACGCAGUACUCCGCUUUCUCUAACUUCGACGAGGACGAGGCGGAUGAAGAGGUGGCUGGAACUCCAGGCGGCCUGGCCGCGGGCGAAGCCUCGUCGGCGGCUAAAGAUGGCGUGACUGAGAGUGCCGAGGAGGCGCCGCCGAAGAGCCGGCAAUCCUCCCGAGACGGGGAGAUCAAGCAGGUCGUGGUCCAGGAACAAUCCACAAAGAUGGAACUUGCCAAAGUCUCAAAUUCCGCCAAAAGAUCAGCAGACGCCUCCUCCGGCUCGCCUCCGGCGCCGCCUCCUCCCUCUCUGCUCCUCCUGCCCGGGGCUGUGCCUCCAGGGGACAGAGCCAUCAACUCCGCCUCCUCGUCCCACCUGAGGGGAAACCCUCAAGCCAGCUUCAACCUGAGCUCAGUUGCGGACGAGACCACCCCGGCUCCGCCGCCCUCCACCGACACGCCAUCCGUGAGCGCCGAGACGCAGCAGUCUGUGCUAGAUGCCUGUCCCCACGAUGUCCUCUACAUCUCAGACCUCAUCACCUUCUCCUCCAGGUUCUGUGGCUCCAAACGGCCCCCCAGCAGCCAGCUGGUGUUCGGCUCGAGCCGGGAGAUGGUGGAGGUCAUCAUGGAGCUAAUCACGACCACGCACUGGGGCCGCGGCUUCGCGCUCCUGUUCCACUAUCACAACCUGACCGAGCCGGGAGGGGAGCGGCGCGCCGCCGCCGCCGCCCCCGCAGCCAGCAGGACGGACUCUCUGUUGGCCGCCGUGAGCGGCGCCGCCUUCUUCGCUAUGAUACUUACCAGUGCCCUCUGCAUCAUUUUCAGACCCAAGCUGUGUCCAAAAAGAGGCAGCUCCUGUUCAUCCAGCAACUCUGAGGCGCCAGAGGGAGUCCAGAACGCCGGGGCCGAGGUCAGCGAGCUGCAGCUGAUCGCUGAGAACCAGGCCAACCUGGAGACGGCCGUCGAGCAGGGCGGCAACAAGGACGGCCAGCAGCACGCAGCCGGCGUCGGGGUCGACGUUCCCCAGAGUGCAGAGGUGGACCUGUCGUGCGGCGGCCUGACCGAACUCGACCUGGGAGCAGAUGAGGUGUUCAUGGUGUCCCCGUCGCCGACCGCCGGCGCCGUCCCGUUUCCCCAGUACACGCAGAGGGAGCGGUUCCUGCGGCACAGCGACACCGGCCCGGGCCCCGCGGGCGACUGGCCCUCGCCGGACUCCUCCGCCUCGCCGGCCGGGGCCCGGUCCAUGAAGGACGGCGGCGGCGGCGGCGGCUCCAGGCCCAGAGCGUGGAGCGUUCGCACCUUCCAGGACUUCCUGCCGCCGCUGCCGCAGCUCCAUAAGAGGUGGUGCAGCUGGAACUCCACCAGUCCCUUCACCAAGCUGGUGGACAGCGCUCCUUCCGUUUUGGGGGCCGACUGCAGAGAAACCGGCGACGGCCGCAAAGUCUUCUCCGACGUCCACCUGGACGCCAAGGCGAGCGCCAGCGUCCUGUCCGACUCGUCCAUCAGCAACGCCUCCUACCCCCUCACACACACCGCGCAGAGGCAGCGCCGCCUCAACUCCGCCAGCAACCUGCGGCGCUCCCGCUUCACGGGGCCGUGCUUCGGCCUGCUGUCGGCGGCGGCGGAGCCGGCCAAGUCGUGCGGGGCCCUCCACGCCCCCGGCCCCCCCGCGGAGCCCGCCGCCGCCCCGUCGUCCUCCGCCCAGUGUCAGAUGGAGAGCGGCCAGGCCGGCAAGAGGCGCGACUUCGCCGGGGAGGGCGACCACAUCAGCGUUCCGGUGUUCGCCAUCUCCGAGGAGGAGGACCGGCAGCCCCUGGUCCCGGCCGAGCACCUGGACCAGACCGCCGCCGCCGCGCCCAACGGACUGGCGAGGGGGAAGCUGGAGGGGAAGAGCAGCAGGAGCGAGGCGUGGAGGCCCUGGGGCAGCCAGGUGUCCGGAGGGGUCGGCCCGCUCCCGUCUGGCGAACGCGGCGCCGCCGCCGGCGACAGGCAGCCGCCGCACACGGAGCUGUGCGGCGUCAGCGGCCACGUGUGACGAGACGGCGAGGAGCACAGACUCUGCUGAGCCUCUUCUGCAUUCCUGGACUCUCUCUAGUGUCACUGUGAGACAUGUAACUGGCUCCUUUAAUCCCAGAACCGUGACCACAGAUUCUGUAGCGUCCCGUUGUCGUAUAUACAUCUAUAUCUCUCCCUUCACUCUAGUUUCUCUUCAUACUUCUACAAAAUUAUGUCAAAGAAGGAAUAAUAUGCUGCUUUCUAUACCAAGGCACUGACUGCUGAGGUGUUUUUUUUUUUUUUUUAUUAUUAUUACAAAGUAU